UUUUAUAAAACCACUCGGCCCAACACAAGCCGUAGAACUGCACAGCGCCAGCGCGAGAGACCGACCAGAAAGUAGAAACCCCCGGCCGGAAGGAGAUGAGCUACUACGGCCAGCAGCAGGCGCCCGUCGGCGCCCCGCCGCAGCAAGGUUACCCGCCGCAGGGGUACCCUCCGGCCGGCUACCCGCCGCCACAGCAGGGCUACCCGCCGGCCGGAUACGGCCAGCAGGGCUACCCGCCCCAGCAGCAGCAGCAGAACAGCGGGCCUUCCUUCAUGCAAGGAUGCCUGGCCGCGCUUUGCUGCUGUUGUCUCUUGGACGCCUGCUUCUGAGAACAGAGACCAAAGUUCCAUCCUCACGCGUGUUGGAACUGAUCAAUUGUGCCGUGUUACCGAAAUGCUACUAGCCUACAUGUUUUGGGCCCUAUCGCAUUUUUCUACCCCUUGUUUGUAAACUUCACAUUGGGAUCAAUUAUUUGGUUGGUUUGGAUGUGAUGACUACCUUGCUAAAUGCUACCAAUCCAUCUUUUUAUUUUCUCCUUGUCCGAAAAGUAAAAGGAUGCUAGUAAAUUACACUAUUGAUAUGAGAUUUGACGUGUAUGCACCUUUUUUUGCCUUAGAGCAUGGUUGUAAGUCAGUUGUUGCCUAUAUAAUGUUGCCAUAUCAUUUAUAGCCAAUCUAAUAUCCAACAUG